GGCUUAAUCACUGACACAAGUGCGUGCACGCGAAUUGCCAUGAUCUACCGAAGGAGUCGAACGUCAAGAUGUUUGUGCGCUUUGUUGCUAGCAGUCAUUCCGUGUACCUUUCAUCAAGUUCUUUUCACAGGUCCCCGCAAGUCUGACAGCUUGCAAGGGUCGAGACAUCGCCUUGCACGUGCGGCCGAGGAGCAAGUACCAGAGUUGCCACCCUUCCAGCGCUUUCCAGAAGACUACGAACCAGACCCCUUGGAUCGCGUGAUCGAGUGGUUCAUGGGGCUGGAUCCGCAGACCAACCAGAUCUUGGAGGGCAUUUUUACCCUUGUGGUACUUGGAGUUACAGUCCUCAGCGCGAAGGAGACCUAUGAGAAGUGGCAAAAAGAAAAGGAACAGGAGGAUGAGCUGAAAAGACAAAAGAUCAGAAGAGCUUUGAAUCCAGACGGAUGGAGGGAAGAACUUUUCAGGGAGGACCAGGAGGAGAAGCGUUUGAGGGAGUUGGAAAAGAAGAAUGAGAAGAAGAGCAAAGUAGCGGAUGUAUUGGAGGAGAUUUAUGGAACUGACGGUCUAGAAGACAAGUUCAAUGCGCAGAGUGCAGGUCGACGGAGGCCUGCAGGAGGUGUCAAGAAGAGCUGAGGAUGGCCUCAUUUGGACUUGCAGAUCACAAAGACUUGAUUCUGGCAUUGG